CAGUUAUCACGUCCAGCUCGUCACUCAGUUCCGGUUAAUAGCUUUUUAUUUUAUUUUUUUCUCCAAGGCGACUCCCCGAUCGUCGUUUUUCCUCCGUGAACGCAUCGACGUGCCGCCACCGUCUGGAAAUCAGUUCCCGAGACGCACCGUCGACAGCUUUGCACGGUCAAGAUCCCCACGAGUCAGCAGCAUGAGGAGCGUCCACGUCUUUGUGCUUUGCGCGCUGCUUUCGGCCGUCUUCUGCAACAAUUCCGUCGGCCCGGAGGAUUGCUGCUUUAAACACUACUCACGAAAGCUGAGCCCUAAUCUCUUUAAGUCCUACGACGUGACUGACAACCGAUGCCCCAUAAUGGGCGUCAUUCUGUUGACCAAAAAGAACAAUCGCAUCUGUGCCAAUCCGAGUCACUCCUGGGUGAACAGAAUCAUGAGAAUUUUGGAUGAAGCCGUCCUCUGAAGGGUCCGCCUGGCAAGACCACCUUCGCUUCUUUUGCCAUGUUUGUUUUUAGUGGGCUUUUCCUGAUUACUCUUUUUUUUUUUUUUUUUAACAAUACUUCAAAAAAAAAGUAAUUCUGAAUGUAUCUUUAUGUACAAUCAGAUGGGAUUUAAGUUAGGAAACAAAGCAUUUGAAAUAAUUGUGCUAUUAACUAAUGCAAAAAAAGAGAGCGUCAGUAACAGUUGUCUCCAUUUUAGUAAAAAAAAAAUUAAAAUCUGAUUUAGUGCUUCAAUUGAUUUCAUUGGAUAGUGCUGCCAUCUGCUGGCUACUUUGUGAAAACCAUUUUCUGGUUUCUUUUUUUUUCCACGUUCAGCUGUUAAGCUUUCCAAUAAAUAUAUUCUAUAAAUCA